AUGCUAUUCGAUUCUGCAGUAACGAGAGAAGUUAGAGAGAGAGUGAGUGAGUCUUUCAAGCGUAAGUUCUCUGUCGAUAAUUUUAGAGAGGUUCAUGGAGGAGUUACUUGGUCAGUUUUUAUCGAUAAUCUUAGUAGGCAAGUGAGACGCAGUGAUUUAUGGGUUCGUUUUAGUCAUUAUGGUAAAGUCAUUAAGGUGUUCAUUCCUCUUUUCAAUAAUAGGCCGAAGUAUAAGGUUAAUACGUUUGCGUUUGUCCAUUUCGGAAGCAAGGAAGAUCUGUGUCAUGCAGUGGAAAAGAUGAACAACGUCAUGAUUAAUGGGAGGAGAAUUUCAGUGUCUGUAUCUAAAUAUAAGAAACCUUCUGGGUUGAGGAGGCAGACUGAUGGGGGGAUGAGGGAGCAAAUAGUGUUGGUAUUAGAGGGAAAAAGGUUGAAAGAUUGUCGUCUUCAGUUGGAAGGGUAA